CUUCUAACGAGUGACCGUGCAUUGCUGGUGAUUGAGGGCAGGCACCACAAGCGUCCUCGAUCGCAUUGGAAUUGUCAUGUCUGGCUUGAUCUUAAACCCCAAGCCAUUUCUUGCUGGUUUGACUGGCAAAGCAGUCGUUGUGAAGCUCAAGUGGGGCAUGGAGUACGAAGGUUUCCUCGUGUCAGUCGACUCGUACAUGAACUUGCAGCUCGCCAACACAGACGAAUUCGUGAAUGGCAACAAGACGGGCCAUCUCGGUGAAGUUCUCAUUCGAUGCAACAACGUUCUGUACGUCCGCGGCGUCGAAAACAAGUCGACAGAUCAAGACAUGGGUCCAUAGAGCACAGGAUCGAGGACCAACGAGGAUCCCGAUACCCCUCCUGCCCGUGCUUCCCCCAGUCAUAAGACGUUUGCCCCACUCUACCACCCUCAUUCCUAUAUUACCUCGUAAUCUACGACAUUAUCCUUUCGA